CUGCUUCCCAUAUUCAUUGUUGUUCAUAAGCGAAUUGUUGCAUUAUAUUCAUAUUCAAGCAACAAUAUGAGACUUAAAAAACAACAACUUGUAAAUCAACGCCGAAUUGAAAAUUAUAAAAACUAUUGAAGUCCCCUAGUUCAUGAAGCAAGUUCUAGUUUUGCACUUUGUACACAGGGUGAGGUUUAGGUUGUUUAUGGUCCUUGUAUUGCCGCAUGAGCUAUCAAACGUUAGAAGCAUUACGUUAUUUGUUUUUCAUUUUAAUUGUAGCUGAAAAUGAUGUCAGGAAGAAUAAGAGCAACACCAGAGGUCAAUUUUGAAACCAAAGACGGACGAGGAUAAAUCUUUUGAACAAAGAAAUACAUAAAAGCAAAAAAAAAAAAUAAGACUUAUAACAAGCUUUAUCAACCAACUGAAUUAGUGCUAAAGGAGACAACCCAAAACAUGAGAAAAAUGGCUGUGAUAUAAGUAUUGGUAGUGUUAAAAUCAAUUUGAAAGGGAUUUUUUUCUCGAGAAACCGUUUUGAUGAGUGAAAAAAUUAUUGUAUUGGAGAGUGACACUAAUAAAAGUUUUUUUUUGUAAUUGUCAUUUGUUCUUUGGUUGUAUUUUUUUCCACAUGAAGAUAAUUUUUCUUCUUUUGUGAUUGGACUAUAAUUUACCCGUAAGAAUCAGUUAUGCUACCUUCAGUUGUCCAAUAUUUUUAAGAAAGAGGAGGGCUAUUCUUAAAAAUAUUGGACGGUUAAAGGUAACAUAAUGGUUUCUUACAGGUAAAUGAUAGUCCAAUCACUGAAAUAAAGAACGGGCACAACAAUAGAAUGACGUCACAACAAUGUUCUAACUUUUAACAAACAUAAUACACAAUAUGAAAUUGAAUUGAUUUAUAAACUAAACUAACUAUGAUCUUUAAUAUCAUUGUAAAGGAAUUAUCACAAUAAUGUUAUUUAAAGUAAUCUAGGCGACGCUGUUACUAAUGUAGGAAAACAAACAUGCAUAUUAGUCUUAUUCACAUGUUCAUUUCGAUAAGUCCCCUUGGUAUCUUUUGCCUCUUUUAUAUAUCAGAGCCAUGACUAAAUCUAGUUAAAAAUGAAAAACGAAAUCAUUUUCUAUGAGUAUGCAGGAACAGGAGACAAUAUUAUGAAUUUAUCAGUAAUUAAUGACAAAGCUUAUUGAUUUAAAACGAGCUUUAGUUUUCUCUAAACUUAACAAGAAUGGACACAAAUAUAUUUGGACUAUGGAUACAUAUCUUGUACAUAUAGUGAAGAAAUGUUGAUUGUUACUAUUUUAAGAAUGUUCAGUUGAGGUAUCAUUACAUGUAAUAAAAUCGUAAAAUAAAAUUUCUGUCUGAAAUAGAUAUACAAAAAAAAAAAAACAGAUACUUUAAUAGGAAGUUAUUACAACUUUUUUAUGGCACAUCUGUUCUUGAUGAUUUCCUAAAGUAAAAGCUUAUUUGGAACUGAUCUUUUCAAAGUUCAUUGUCAUGCACUUGAAAUACAAUUGAAAAUGGGGAAACAAUGUGUUAUGCUUUAAAUUGGCGGACUUUAAGUGGUCAAAAUCUUUUUUUAACGAAAUAAAGGAACAAGGAAAUAAUUUUAACAAUAAGUUUCGGUCGAUUCAUUGUUUUUUGUUUCCAAGUACUGACAUGGUUAUAUCAAAUACAUCUAACUUAUAAUCUGGCUGACAAAAUUAAGAACAUCCUACUUAAAAAUUCCUAUUGAAACUGGGCGUUGGCAUACUAUUCCUGCGGAGGACCUAAAAUGUAAUUUAUGUAAAGAAAAGAAUGGCAUCCAAUUCCACAAACGGAACGCAUACAAAUUUGAGGGAAAUAGAAUACCAAGGAUUUAUAGAAAAAGAUAUCCCAACUGCACUAUUCCUUAUAUUUCUGUCAGUAAUAGGUACAAUUGGAAAUAUACACACGAUAUUAGUAUAUAUAUUAUCACCGAUCAUGGCAAAGUAUUCCGUUCGAGUUUUUAUCAUUUGGCUUGCCUUUAUCGAUCUUACAGCAAGUGUAUUUUGUAUGCCUUUUGAGAUUUUUGAUAUGCGAUACGACUACACAUUUUCAUCUGAAGGUGCUUGCAAAUUCUUCAAAUUUCUAAAUCACGUUGUAACAGGGGCCUCCAGCUUAUUAUUGACUACAAUUGCCAUUGAAAGAUAUAGAAUAUUUGUCAAAAACUUACCGAUACUAAUUACAAAUUCACAAAGGUCGAAUGUUAUAUCUGCUGUUCUGGUAGGAGUAUCCAUGAUAUUGUCAAUCCCAGUAUUAAUAUAUUAUGGUCUAAACAAAAAUGAAACAAACAUUUUUGGUCUAAUGGGCAAGGAAUGCAGAUUUUUUUCAGAUUAUCAAAAUAUACGUCAUAUAGGUGUUUAUUACAGUAUAGUAUCAUUUAUAGGUUUAGUUUGCGUUGUCAUGUGCAUAUUUUCAUAUGGAAAAAUAUUGCAUGGAAUUUGUACUCGAAAAGAAUGGAGGAAAUCAAUCAGAAAGAAAUCAGUUUCUUCUUUGAAUUCAACUUCGGAUAUAAGGUCGGGGACCACUCAAUUAACAUCAACUAUUCACAAUGAAGCGGUGAAAUUAAAUGAAUUGCAAACUGGAACCUGUGACAGGGCAAACAGAAAGUCGACUCGUUCAUCGCACAAUCUUGGAAAUUCAAUUCGACUAACCAUAAGCCUCAUGAUAGCAACCGCUGUAUCCUACAUAGGAAAUAUGUUGUACGUUAUCACGAAAAUGGUCCAAAUAUUGAAUCCUAAGAUGCAUCAAAACAGUAUCCGGCCAAUCUUCGAUAUCAUAAAGCGCGGAUAUUUUGUUAACAAUGCAUCCAAUCCUAUCGUAUUUUGUGUUUUGGAUAGAAAUUUUCGACAGGAAUGCUUAAAACUGUAUGGGAAAAUAUGUCCUAAGAAAAAUAUCUCGCCGGAAUAAAACUUGUUAACCCUUCUUUCGAUUAUAUUUAAAUACAGCUUAUAUGCAUACAUUUUGUGUGACAGGAUCGCGAAAAAGUUAUACUACAUAACCAGAUUAGCGCAUUUUUUGACUUUUUUUGCUUGUACUUUUAUAUAUGCCAAUUUAUAUUACAUUUGAAAUAUUCACAUCUUUUAGUUACAAAUAAAACAAAAUUUUAGGAAGUUAGCAUUAUCAAACAACACAAGCUGACUGCAUUCGACAUCUGCAGGUUAGCUAAUGUCUUUAACGGUUUACAAUCAACUGUUGUAUAAGAGAUUCUGCUCUAUGAUAUACAUGUACUGUUUCAAAUCAGAAUGAAGUAUUAUUGAAACAC